AUGGGUUUAAACGAGUCAGAAUACAUAUAUCAAGCCCACAUUGUUAAUAAAUGCACAGACAGUUUCAAACAUUGUACUUAAAAUAAUAAACACUAUAUGUAAUGUUAAAUAUAGAUCAGAAAGCGCCGAACAGGACGACGCCAAAUAGGCUAGUGUGCGCAGGCAGGUAAUCGGAUUACACCUCAGACAAACCACACACCAGCUCAUCAUGUACUGCCCCUACUGAACAACAAAUGCUUCAUUUCACAUCCUGUUCUUACUCCAAUUCACAAUGCCACUUUUUAUUAAUCGAGACCAGAUUUUUGCUCAUCAAGUCCACCUUCUAGAGCACAAACUACGGAGUAAGGAGGAGCGUAUUUUGGAGUUGGAAACAGAGAACACUCUCCUUCAUUUGAGACUAGCUGAGUGUUUGGGUAAACUCCGGCGUGAGAGGGACAACGACCUUCAUGCCCAGAGACAGAACCAUCAGCAGCAGAGGAAAGUGCAGAAGUCCACACAUGCAGCUCUCUACAAACUUCUAUCUGAAGUUCAGAUGCUGAAACAAGACUUGAGGGAUGUUUUUACCAUCUACGUGGGGUUUGCGAAAGAGCUGGAGGAACAAAGCAAGCAGCUGUUUGAAUGUGUGGGCACUGCCAGAAAUGCUAUUCAGGAUUCUCAAAGUGAUGACCUUCAGAAACUCCAAGGUCAGGUGACUGCAUUAGAGUGCUCUUUACAGGAAGAGAAGGAGAGAUGCAGAGAGGAGCGGGUGAGGAGGAGGCUGCUCCACAACACCCUGGUUGAGCUGAGGGGGAAUAUCAGAGUUCACUGCAGGGUGCGUCCAAUUCUGCAAUUUGAUCACAUCCCAGGAUCACCCACAACCAAUGGAUCUUCAUCAUGUGAAGCAGUUGUGCAGGCCGUCAAUGAUGACUCUGUUUUUGUGAACUGCGCCAAAACCUCAAGUCCUGUAAUGAACAAAAUAUUUGAGUUUGAGAGAGUGCAUGGUCCAGAAGACAGUCAGGAGACUGUGUUUGAGGAGGUGAAACCCCUUCUAACGUCUUUACUUGAUGGGUAUAAUGUAUGUAUCAUGGCAUAUGGCCAAACAGGCAGUGGAAAGACACAUACAAUGAUUGGCUCCCGGUCUGAGGAUCCCACAGCUGCAGUGCAGGACUCUCAACAGGGCAUCAUUCCAAAAGCAGCCAACGAGCUAUUCAAGCUGAUCUCUGAGAAGCCAGCGGACAGUCAUACGGUGGAGAUGUCAGUGGUGGAGGUCUAUAAUAACGAAGUUUUGGACCUGCUGGCCAGAGAUGAAGAUGGGGUGACAGUUGGGGUGAAGAGAGAGGUCAUCACCACCAGCACAGGCACCAGUGAGGUGCCCUGCCUAACAUAUGAGUUGGUGCGGAGCUCUGCAGAGGUGAUGCAGCUGAUCAAUUCUGUGUUAAAACUAAGAUCUCACUGUCCCACCCUGGUGCACAUGGACUCCUCCAGAUCUCAUUUCAUCGUUACUCUCACCGUCACCUCCAAAAGCCCAGAUGCACUGGCUCUAGCUCGUCGUCUGCAGAAUGCCAGACAGGAUGUCCAGCGGGUGUCUCAAAAGGAAUGGUGGAGCCCACGCUGCCGCAGGGCCGCUUCCUCACGCUCUUCUAGCCCCGCCUCCUCACCGUGCCACUCCCCCUGCCACUCCCCCCGACCCAGCAUCACACAGCCCCCCCUCAAAACCAAGCUGCAGUUGGUGGACCUUGCUGGGAGUGAGUGUGUGGGGAUGUCAGGUGUUACCGGUGCCGCUCUGUGGGAAAGCUCCUGUAUAAACCGCAGCCUCUCAGCUUUGUCUGAUGUUCUUGGAGCACUAGCCGAACGACGACCUCACGUACCCUACCGCAACAGCAAACUAACACAUCUACUACAGGACGCCAUAGGAGGGGAUGCCAAGCUUCUGAUAAUGCUGUGUGUAUCUCCCACUCAACGCUUCCUCACCGAAUCUCUUCAGUCCCUGGGGUUCGGUGCCAGAGCCAGACAGGUCCAGAGAGAGCCACCACGCAGGAAAAACACAGCCCUGAAGAUAAAGUGACCCACAGGGACAUGCAUUUGAUAGCUGCUUAUGUAAAGUUUUUUUUUUUUUUUAAAUUUAUGUUGAUAUUAUAGUAUUAUAGUUAUAGUUGCAUGUUAAUGCUUGUUAGUAUUGUUUACAAAAUUAUUCUAACAUUAUUUUAAUUUUUGCAUAGGUUACAUACAAUCUCUUGCACAUUGAGGAUAUUCCUCUGAAAAAAAUGUUUACAGGUUUUUUGUGUCUAGUGUGAGUGGAACACUUCAGAUUAUGUGUGUCUAUGUGUGCAAUUAUCCAUUAGUUUGCUCUUAAUUAUUGAUGUGAUGAUGAAAAAUAUAUGGCUUUUAAGUAAUAGUGGUUGCAUCCUGACUCUAGUUGACCUUAUAUUUUACUGCAAGUUAACUUGACAUCUUUCCAAUGUAUCACUAUUUAUAUAUAUUUAAAUAUGCUUUAGAUUUAAUAAAAGGAAUCUGCUGUUUUCUUUUAAAUAUCGACCCAUUGUUGCAAAAGGCACUUACGUAUUUUUCCCUUCCCCAGAGUAGUGUAGUGGUGCUAGGUCGUGUCUGUCUUUAUUUACAUAUUCGUCACAACCAAUCGGAGCCUUCUGAUGCGUGAUGUAACAUAAAACACGGAAGUGUCAAUGUAAGCGUUACUUAAGCGGAGACUUGUUACAUAGCGCUCGUAAUUGCAUCUUCUUUAUCUAGAAGUUGUAACACAUCCGUCUUUCUGCGACGGAUGAUUAAGUGCUGCGAUCGAGCUUCUCUGGUUUUCAGUCACUUGCUGCAUUUUAACGCUUAACGGCGGACAG